AUGCGACUGUACCAUCUGUUCGCCCUUGUGGGCGCAGUUGACGCUCUCGUGAUGGAGUCUCUUGAAGAUGUGCCUGAGGGCUGGAAGCGGGUUGGGUACCCGUUUCCAGAUGACAAAGUUUCCUUACGAAUCGCCAUGAAUUCCCCUGGCCAGAGCUUGUUCGAACAAACACUACUCGAUAUCUCAUCGCCAGAUCAUUCGAGCUAUGGCCGGCAUGUCAAGCGCGAUGAGCUGAAGCAAAUGCUGAGACCGACUUCCGAAGCGACGGCAGCUGUCACUAGCUGGCUGAGGCAAGCCGGCGUUAGCAAAGACAGCAUUGUGGAUGAUGGAGAUUGGAUCAAUUUCGUCGCAUGCGUCGAAGUUGCAGAGAGACUGCUCGACACAACAUUCGAGAUGUACCAAGCUAGAGGGGGCCUCGAUAAGAUCCGGACUUUACGCUACUCAGUUCCAACAGAGCUCUUUGGCUUCAUCGACAUGAUACAACCGACGACGCGCUUCGGAGAAUUGAAAGAACAAGGCGAAGCAAUUCACGACAGCGAGACUAUGGGACAAGCACCUGCUUUCAAAUCGAGCCUACAAGGUGAUGCAUUGAAAGCUCAAGUCACGCCAGCUCGGCAACAGGCUGGUCUUACUGCAGACGGUACCGAGACCCAACAGAACGGAUGCAUAGGUUCAGCCACACCCGCCUGCAUUCGAGGACUCUACAGGAUGCCUGCCUAUCCGGACGAAAACAUCAUCGACAACACCACCAGUGGGUUCAUGGCGUUCUCUAACUUUCUCGACCAGGUCCCUCGAUAUGAGGACCUGGAUGCCUUCCAAGCUGAAUAUGCGCCUUACGCAAUGGGCCUCAGCUUCUCAAGCGAAAGCAUCAAUGGCGCGGCCAACGAUCAGAAUGCCAUCAAGAGCAACGAAGGCAAUCUCGAUGCGCAGUACAUGCAAGCUCUAGGAUACCCCGUGCCAAUGCACUCUUACAUGACGCCUGGCAUCGCUCCACAUAUCAAAGACCUUGAUCAACCCACAGGCCCCGGAAACAACGAGCCCUACUUGGACUUUCUUACAUACCUUCUGGCACAAGACGACCAGGACCUGCCGCACACCAUCACAACGUCAUAUGGCGAGAACGAACAGUCCGUACCGAUCCGAUACCGCAGAAAGGUCUGCGAUAUGUUCGGACAGCUCGGUGCUCGUGGCGUGUCCGUUAUCUUCGCCUCGGGAGACACAGGCGUCUCGAGUGCCUGCCAGACCAACGAUGAUAAUCCACGACCACGCUUCGUACCUACCUUCCCGGCGACGUGCCCGUGGGUCACGGCAGUUGGCGCGACCUAUGGCUCCGAGGAAGGGGAGCAAGCCGCCUCUUUCUCGACUGGUGGCUUUUCGGAGUCGUUCCCGCGACCAGCGUGGCAAUCCGACGCCGUAGAGACCUACCUCGAAGAACUCGGCGAUCGCUGGGACGGCCUCUACAAUCCGAACGGUCGCGCAACCCCAGACGUCGCCGCGCAAGGCUACCGCUUCCACAUCGUAGACAAGGGAAAGGAAAGUUUCAUCACUGGCACCUCGGCUGCUGCACCCGUCUUUGGUGGCAUCAUCGCCUUGAUCAAUGCGAAGCGGAUCCAGGCUGGGAAGUCUCCGCUUGGAUACCUCAAUCCUUGGAUCUAUAGUACGGGAAAGGACGCCUUGAAUGAUAUCACUAUGGGCGGUUCGACGGGAUGUGAUGGGACGGGUUAUUAUACUAGUGGCGCUACGCCUUAUAUUCCUUAUGCGAGUUGGAAUGCCACGAAGGGGUGGGAUGCGGUGACGGGGUGGGGGACGCCGGAUUAUCCGAGUUUGUUGAGGUCGGCAAUGGAGGCGCCGUGA